AUGGCCGCCGACGACCCGUGGUCCUCCCGCGCGGAGCACUACAGGGCGAGGCGCGGCGGCUGCAGUGCACGCUCGGGAAGGCGGCGGCCGUCGCCAGGGCCAUCGAGGCCGCCGCGCCGGGGUCGUCGCGGGCACCGACCGCUCCGACUCGCCGCGGUCGGCGGACGAGAGCUCCGGCGGGACGACGACGGUCGCGACGGAGGUGCAGGAGCGCCAGAGCAUGUGCAAGAGAAGAACAAUAGAGUAUGUUCUGGUGGAUAUAUUAUUGCGUUAGGAUUUAAUAUGAUCACAGAAUCCUGGAAGCAACGGAAAGGUCUACCAAGAUGGACCGCGAAACUCCGAGUGCCAGAUGCAAGCUUGGAGGCCACCCCGGACGACGGCUUCAGCUGGAGAAAGUACGGCCAGAAGCACAUCCUCGGCGCCAAGUUUCCCAGGGGCUACUAUCGGUGUACGUACCGCACCGCGCAGGCGUGCGCCGCCACGAAGCAGGUGCAGCGCUCGGACACCGACCUGUGCGUGUUCGACGUCACGUACCAGGGCGAGCACACCUGCCACCAGAAGCAGCGCGCCACCGUGGCCGCGGCCGCGGCCGCGCACGGCGGGAGCCAGUCGCCGCCGCCUGAGCCGCUGGAGCAGCAGCAGGACCCGAGCAUGCAGCUGCUGGGGAUGGGCUUCAAGCGCGUCCUCAAGGUGGAGACGGCGGGGCUCCACGACCACGACCGCGACCGCGACCGCGGCCCCGCCUCCGCGCCCGCCGCGUCCUUCUCCUUCUCCUUCCCCUCCAUGCCGCCUUUCCACCAUCCCGGCGACGCGACGACGGACAAUAACCCCGCCGCCGCGGCAGCGGCAGCGGCGGCGCCCUUCUCGCUGCCCGCGUCGAGCUACUUUCCUGCGCCGCAGCACCCGGUGGUGGUGGACGGGAGCUGCUACGACGUCGUCUACGACUAUGAGGCUCCGGGGGCGCGCAUACACGGGGCGGAGUCGUCGGAGCUCGGCGAGGUCGUCACCAGGGCGAUCACCGCCCCCGCCGCGUUCGACUACUCGUCACUCUUCCACCACCAGGCUGAGCUCGACGACCCGCACCUGCCGUUUCCGCCAUUUGGCGGCCCGCCCCACGGACCAUACCAGUAG